CAGCCAUAUGUCCCGCUAGUGUGUUCGACUCGAGCUAUGAUACCCGUGAAAACAUAGAGCGGAAUAAGUCCAGCAUCCAUAACAGACGCGAACAACAUAUAGCUCGCGGACGAAGCGGGAGUACGCGCAGCAGAAGACCGAGAUAGAUGGUAGAUCGCGUAUAUAAGAAAUCAAGCACAUACUGCUACACGGAUCAUCCACACCGCUGCGCCAGCGAUAUUAUUGAUACAUAUCACGCAGAACAGCACUCCCAGCGCUCCGAUCAAAGCACAUACUCUCAAAACCAAUUGAAAGAUUCUCGUGUACUUCACCCUGCUUUUAGUCUUCGGGCUCAUUGUUUUCUUAUUAAUUUUUCCAUUCGGAAUCAUAACAUACUGCGCAAAAGGUUAGCUGCACGGCGUUCCUGAUUUACCUAGGGUUUGAUCACCAAGGGAGGCCUUACAGAAUCAGGAUGCUUAUUGAAAUUCACCAAGGGCCCAUUUCUUUCCAUUCGAGGCUCGCGCGGAGUCCAGCUUGCCCGCGUCACAGCCUUUGGAUCGAAGUUAACUGAAAUACCAGAAAACCGGUUGCGGGACGGUGGGUCAUACAUGAACGGCGGCUCUACUCGUCCCAUGGCCGCGACGGGAGACCGACAGCGCAAGAGUGUAAAAUGAGUGAAUACUUAUAUACGAAUGAAUGAAUGCGCUGUUGUCAAGUUAAAGUCUGCUUGCAAAAAGGAAUGGAGAUAUAUAGAUGUAACUGUGUCAUGGGCCAUGGGAUGCCGCUGGCGCUGAGGGCUGAUAUGGUCGUGGUCGCUGUUGUGGUGUCGUUGUACGUACAGGACACAGUAGCCGAUUGUUGGCGCGGCAACCGCCCCGAUAAGGAGUAGUUACUGCAUACAGUCAUAGGGCUGACCUCAUUCUGCGGCGGUUAAAUUUAUAUGUUCUAUGAAAUGUCACUCGCGACGUUCACAAUGAAUGUAUCUCGUGCUCGGAACAUAUGCGCUCGCUGCUUUUCCCACUCCAGCAGAUUCUAUGCUUCGCGAACGAGAAUACACACUCCUUGGAUCCUGCAGAGAAAGCAAUUUAGCAGUAAUGGGGUCCAAAGUCGUCGCCCGCUGCGGGUCGCAGUUGUUGGAUCAGGGCCUGCUGGUUUCUAUGCAGCGUACAGGUUAAUAUCCAAGGUUGAAGAUGCAUUUGUGGAUAUGUAUGAGCAGCUCCCAGUCCCAUUCGGUUUGGUCCGUUUUGGCGUUGCGCCGGACCAUCCGGAGGUGAAGAAUUGCCAGGAGAAAUUUACAGAAGUUGCGACAUCCCCGCGAUUUAAUUUUAUCGGCAACAUUGAUCUGGGGGUGGAUCUUCCUUUGCGCUCUCUCAAGCCACACUACGAUGCUAUACUCUUUGCCUACGGGGCCUCGAAGGAUAAAGAACUUAGAAUUCCAGGCGAAAAUACUAUACGUGGUAUAUACUCGGCUAGAGCCUUUGUUGGCUGGUACAAUGGGCUACCCGAAUGCAGGGAUCUGGCUCCAGAUUUGAGUUCGGGGGAGGAUGCGGUGGUUAUUGGGCAGGGAAAUGUAGCCAUGGAUGUUGCGAGAGUGCUUCUAACAGACGUUGAUGUCUUGAGAAAGACGGAUAUGUCGGAAUACGCGUUAGAAGAAUUGGCAAAGAGCAAAAUCAAGAGAGUCACAGUGGUCGGGCGACGGGGUCCUAUGCAGGCCGCAUUCACAAUUAAAGAAGUACGAGAAAUCCUCCAGCUGCCUUCGGUCUUCUUUGAGCCUAUUCCGGAGCACCUCUUCCCUCCAGAGUCAAGCAUCAAAUCCCUCCCAAGAGUCCAAAAGCGCAUAACCCAACUCCUCGCAAAAGGAUCUCUCACAAAACCACAAGAGGCUUCCAAAUCCUGGUCCCUCGAUUUCCUUCUCUCACCGCACUCCUUCCACGGCUCGCCAUCGCAUCCGGAUGUUCUUUCAUACAUAAAAUUCUCCCGAAACCAACUCGACCCCGCGGACCCGUUCUCCCCGACCGCAAGAGUGACCCCGCUGCUCCAAGAAGACGGCCACGUUGCUCACAUCGAUAUCCCUACUAGCACAUGUUUCCGUAGCAUCGGAUACCAAUCCCUUCCACUUCCUGGAUUCGAGGACUUGGAUAUCCAGUUCAACUAUUCGCGCGGUAUAAUCCCCAAUGACGGCCAGGGGCGCGUUAUUACAACACCUCCCACGCCUGAUAGCGGAACUGCCGAAUUGUCUGGAGAUUAUGAGGCCAGGCAGGUGCCUGGUCUUUACUGUGCUGGGUGGGUAAAGAGGGGCCCUACUGGCGUCAUCGCGUCGACGAUGACGGACGCAUUUGAUACCGCUGAUGCGAUUGCAACUGAUUGGGCAUCGUAUACUGCGAGUAGUCAUGGGCAUGCGUUCCUUAAUUCAUCCGAAGGUGGGAGUUCGGGGCUUGGCUGGGAAGGGGUGCUUCCUACAGCGCGGAAGCUGGGACUUCACCCGACGAAUUGGGAAGAUUGGGAACGGAUCGACCGGGCGGAGAUCGAAAGGGGGAAAGCUGCGGGGAAAGUGAGGGAGAAAUUUGGGCGGGUAGAGGAAAUGCUGGAGGUUUUGCGGUGAGAUGCUGAUGUAUUCGUGUGAUGGAAAUACCGCAUUUGCACUAUCCAAUGUGAGGAAUGAGGAUUCUAUAACAUAUUUUCCUUAAUUGUACAGUGCCUUCUCUGUAUACUAAAUAGAAUGCUUUGAUCUGAUAGAUAAACUUUGAAAUACCCUUCUCUUGGUCCUUUUCCGACCAAUCCUGUACAACGUGAAUGUUUAAAUAUAAAACAGGUAUUAUAUGAACGAAUUAUCAGAAAAAAUAAUAUGUCAGGGCAAAUAUAUGCAAAGAAGUAUGUCCAAAAAUAUCAAAAAUAUCAACAAUACAACAAAAAUGUAGACCAUAUCAAC